CUCUUGCUCUACGACAACCCUUAUUAAUUGUGUCAAAAAGUCAAAAAGUAUAACACAAAAAAUGCCUGAAGAAACAAAGAAAAUAGAUUUAUCCGGCGAUGGCGGUGUCCUGAAGGAGAUCCUAAAGGAGGGCACUGGAGAGGAGACACCGAACAACGGUUGCAAGGUUUCUUUGCACUAUACCGGCAGACUCGUCGAUGGCACAGAAUUCGAUUCGAGCGUCGGCCGCAAUGAACCCUUUGAAUUUGAAUUGGGCAAAGGACGCGUUAUUAAGGCUUUUGAUAUGGGUGUCGCCACCAUGAAGCUUGGUGAGCGUUGUUUCUUAACAUGUGCUCCAAAUUAUGCUUACGGUGCUGCUGGCAGCCCGCCAAGUAUACCCCCAGACUCGACACUAAUUUUUGAGUUGGAAAUGCUGGGCUGGAAAGGUGAGGAUCUGAGCCCCAAUCAAGAUGGCUGCAUUGAGCGCAUUAUACUGCAGCCAAGCGAUAAAAAACGUACGCCAAGCGAUGGUGCCUUUGUCAAAGCACACAUUUCCGGAACUUUCGAUAGUAAUGUGUUUGAGGAGCGCGAUGUUGAAUUUGAUUAUGGCGAGGGCAGCGCAGCCGGCAUUGUUGAGGGCUUGGAAUUGGCUAUGGAAAAAAUGAACAUUGGAGAAACAUCCAAAAUAAAAAUUCAAUCAAAGUAUGCAUUUGGAGCCAAGGGUAACGAGGCUUUUAAGAUACCACCAAACGCCAGUGUAGAGUACACGGUAAAGUUGAUUGAUUGCGGCAAGGGCUUGGAAGAAUGGAAACUAAGUGAUGACGAACGCGUCGCUGAGGCUAAAGUCUACAAGGAAAAGGGCACCAAUUAUUUUAAGAAAGAAAAUUAUUCGUUGGCCAUAAAAAUGUACAAUAAAUGCAAGGAUCUAUUGCCCAGCACUGCGGACAACGACAGUGAUGAGAUUAAGGCACUCAAGGUGGCCACACAUAGCAACAUCGCCUUAUGCCAUCAGAAGUCCAAUGAUCACUUUGAAGCCAAGCAAGAAUGCAAUGCUGUACUUGAGCUGGAUGCUAACAAUGUUAAGGCACUGUAUCGUCGUGGUCAAUGCAAUAUGACCAUUAAUGAACUGGAUGACGCCUUGGAAGAUUUCCAAAAGGUCAUUCAGCUGGAGCCUGGCAAUAAGGCAGCUGCCAAUCAUGUUGUAAUCUGCAAGCAAAAGAUCAAGCAGAACAAGGAUAAGGAGAAGAAGCUUUAUGCGAAUAUGUUUACCAAAUUGGCGGCGGGCAACAAAGAUACGGAGCCACCAUGUGAAAAUGACGUGCUGGAGCAGUGCGGUGAAUGGUCAGAGGAAGAUGCUAAACGCGAAGCAGAUCUGACUUUGGAACGCGAUAAUAUUAUUAUGAUUUAAACUUAGCCAUGCUGCAUUUCUAUUAGUAAUACAAAGCCUUUACUUAAAUAAUUCCAAAAUGCACCAAUCCCAAACGCGGAGAAUUAUGAAAUAUAUAAAUGAAGAUGCUCGCAG